UGAUACGAGCAGACGACAACACAGCGAAGGUGAACAGCAGCUUCAACAGCAGCAGCUAGAGAGAGAGAGAGAGAGAGAGAGAGAUAGGAGGUAGCAGCAGCAGCAGCAACAAGCAGCACCUCUCAGCCAGCUUGUGUGUGUGUGUGUGUGUAUACGUGCGUGUGUGCGCUUGUGUACGCCAUCCCCUCUCUGGCGUGGCCUUUUCCUCAUUCGAUUCGGAGGCUGCUCUUUGGUCUCGGAGCUCGAAUGUGUGGACAGGUGGUGUAGUCUUUCUUCCGUGAAACUGAUACCCUCAAGUCGCGACUCAACUCAACAUCAUCUAUAUCUACCUUUGCUUUUUUGGUCUAACCGCGCUUUUGAGGAUUGUUCAUCCAGGGCGAUUUGCCUGUUGUGUCGUUGUGACAUCGUUGUUCCAUUAGGCUUCUUCACGACAGCGGUCAGUGAUAUACAUAUAUAACGAAAGUGCUCACCAUAGGGCAUAGGACAACUGGACCUCCCGGAAGCUUUCACGUGAGGGCAACCCUCUCAGCGAGUCUAGAAGCACCCAUAAUGUCAUCACCACUACCACCACUAUAUCCCACACCCUGCUGUGUGUAGCACUGUGAUAAAAGACUGAUACCGCCACCACUGUUUCCAAGACACUCUUGAGUAAGAAAGGAUAUAGACCACUACCACCACAGUUUCGCCACAACUAUUGUAUGUAACAGUGUGACAGAGAACAGAUACCACCACCACUACCACCAUCACCACUCACCACUACCACGACCACCACCACAGUUUCCCCACCACUGCUGUAUGUAGCACCGUGAUAGACAACAGAUAUAUCUCCCCGCUACAAUGUUCCACCACCCUCGACCUAUCCACGCUGUCAGUGUGAGCACUCCGAUGCCCGUGCGCUCCAGCCCUGACAGAACGCCCCCCAAAGUAUGUGAGAACGGGCGCGCCUACGUCACCGACCCGGCCACCGGUCAGUCUCUGUGCCUGUGUCAGUUGAGCGGGGGCCACCCGUCCCCUCACGCCCUACAACAAGGCCACCCGGCUUUCAGGGGCGUCGCAUCUCUCCCCUCCUCGCCGCGCCCCGGCUUCCCGGACCUGCGCACUUAUCACAGUCAGGUAUCCACAUGGUUCGCCAACGCCCGGCGGAGGUUAAAGAAGGACAACCGUCUAGUGUCCGGGGAUGGCGAAGGAGAGGACGACUGUACAGAACCAGACAGCGACAAGGAAGGCGACGCCGACAGUGUGUCUGCAGAUGUGUCUGUCAGUGUGGACGUGGACGAUAAGAGCUCUAUUCGGAGUAACGUAAAACUGUCGAGCGAGGGUGAAGUUGAAUCCUUCUCGGACAUUUCUGAAGACGAAAGUGACGUCUUCCGGUCUGAAGCCCGCGAAAAGGUCACUUCCUGUUCCGCCGCCCCCGUGCCUGUGAUUACGUCAUCCAGCACAGCCGCCACCACUUCCGCCACAUCCACAAGCCCCGCCCUUCAUUCCUCCACGCCCACUAGCCCCACCCUUUCCUCCACCACGCCCACCAGCCCCAUCAAACUUCCAGACCAACAUCAGUCGCCAGCGGCAGAGAAGAAGGAGACUAUGACGAAACCCAAACCCAAGAUAUGGUCAAUAUCUCACAUUUUGGACUCAUAGCGAACCGAACUGGAGUCUACAGAGGACGUGGGAGGUACCACGUGGUUCCUGUUUCUCCACCCACAGUGAUAACGAGGGCGCUGAGAGACUGCCAACUGGACACUUGCUACUGAUAGCUCAGUCUGCACCACACUGGGCCUUAAGGAAGACGAGCCUGGUUCGAAUCUCCUCCUAAGUAGAGGAUGCUUCGUCGCCCUCCCUCAAUGAAGGAUGAUUCUACGCUCUUUCUCAAUAGAGGAUUCUUCACGAGAAAUUCUGAGGCUCUAGAUACCUUCAUAUCGGAGUUGGACUUUAACUCGGGGCCUCAGUCUUUUACACACAUACUGGCAUGCGAUGUUUGAGCUGUUUUGAAACAGUAAUAUUCUGAUUUGGUAAAGUUGCUAUAAUGACUUUGAAGGAAGAACAGGGUAAAAACAAGAGAGACGACCGACCGCAUUGCUUUUUCGCAGGUACAGAAUAUACCCUGUGAAAUCACUGCCUGGUUGUCUCAAGUCCCGUCUAGGAAUGUAUUAAUGUUGUAAAGAUGAUACCUGCUGACUUCCAGCUCACUGCAUGAUCCUUAUAUUUGGAUUCCUGUAUUUUGCAAUUGAGUGGAUUUGUCACCCACCGGUAUACAGAGAAUAUGUGUUUGUUCAAGUCCUGUUUGAACCAUUUUUCUUUAGUUUGAGAGAGAGACGGAGAGAGACAGAGAGCGAGCGAGAGAGACAGAGACAGAGAGCGAGAGC